AUGCCAGAAAUCAAUUUAACUUCUUUGAUACAUCUUCCUCAGCUUCAGUCAUUCAAAACAACCCUUCUUCCUUCAUUUCUUUUGACACACAUCAUAGCUCUUCUCUGCUACCUCUCUGUUGCCAACCACGGCUUCAUCCUCCUCCGUCCUCUAUCUCCGGCGACAUUCGAUGUCACGAACCAUUUUGUCUGGGGCCUCGGCGUACCGGAGGAUGAGGUGGAGUUCAAUGAUGUCUAUAGCCUGAAUGAUGAGCUUCUAGAUAUGGUUCCCAAGCCUGUGCUAGCUGUGCUCUUUCUUUUUCCUUACAAUGAUAAGAUGAUUUGGAAAACAUAAUGGAUGAGAACAUGGUGCUUUCCUUUAAUGCUGAAAUCGAGGAUGGCAGCAUAGAAGAGGUUCACUCCAAUUUCAUCUCCCACUUAUUUUUAUUGGUUGAUGCAAUUAUAAACUCCUGCCAAGGUUUUCCAAUGUUGGACAAAAACAGUUACUUUUUUUAUAUUCUAAUUUUGGAUCUUAUGUUUGUUAAAAUUUGCUAAAUAGAUUGCUGAGCAAUUGAUGAUUAUGCAUGAAGACUGUCUA